AUGGCUGAACCAGAAAUUGUUGAACCUAAAGUAUUUCAAUGUUCAUUAUGUCCAUUUUAUGCUGCUUAUGAUCGUUAUGAUACAAAAUAUGUAGAUGAAUCCCUUCCAUCACCUGUAGCAACGACACAAUAUAAUAAAAAUAAAAAGGAACCAUCAUUAACAAUUGCUUUAAUUGAAAAAGUAUAUCUUCUUCGUGAUCCAUUUGUUGCUAUUAAAGAUAAAGAUAAAAUAGAUCAAACGAAAUUAUCAUCAUUAGUUAUUGGUUCAACAUGUUCUGUAUGCUCACGGCCAGUAUGCAUUCAUUUGGAUUGUAGUUUAUUUUAUACAAGAAGAUUUUGUUUGAAAUGUGUCUCAAAAUAUCGUGAUGAAUUUCCACGUGAAAUUCUUGAUGAAAUUGGUGAUAAAAGAUUAGAAAAAUUUAUCAAUGAAGACUAUGAUCAAUAUGAAGAAACGUUAAUAUGA